GCGAAGUGCUAGUCGUGUUUGUUCAAGUUCCGUGAAAUUGUUUGCGAAAAUUGUGAGAAUAUCGCUGGGAAUAGUGAUAAAUUGCGUGAAAAAGUGUUGCUGAAAGUUCCGGAAUGGGCCCUCCGAAGAAAUCUUCGAAAAAGGACCGCUCGUCCGCCGGUCCCACCAGCGGAAGCUCGACCGGAGGUUUCGUUGAAAACAAGUGGAACAAGAAACGAAGGACUGAAGACGAUGCGUACUCGGCGCUGGUAAACGACGACGACGACAGCAAUCUGGAAACGGGUGGAGAAUUCGUCCCGGAAGCGGCAUCCAAAAAUGCGGAAAAGAUUGACGAAGGCAUCCAGGAAGAUGAAUACGGUGCCAAGGAUUACCGCACGCAGAUGGAGCUGAAACCGGACAACGCAUGCAGGCCACUGUGGGUUGCACCGAAUGGGCAUAUCUUUUUGGAAUCGUUUUCGCCUGUAUAUAAGCAUGCCCAUGAUUUUUUGAUUGCCAUUUCCGAACCGGUUUGUCGCCCGGAACAUAUUCAUGAGUAUAAACUGACGGCGUACAGUUUGUACGCCGCGGUAUCCGUUGGACUACAAACGCACGACAUAAUUGAAUAUCUUAAACGGCUGAGUAAAACGACGGUCCCGGAAGGGAUUCAAGAAUUCAUUCGUCUGUGUACGCUUUCGUACGGAAAAGUGAAGCUGGUAUUGAAACAUAACAAGUACUUCGUGGAAAGUCCGCAUCCGGAAGUACUGCAGAAGCUUCUGAAGGAUCCGGUGAUUCAAACCUGCAGACUUCGACGAACCAACGAGGAAGGGGAGGAAUUCAUAACGCAAACCUUGGAUAAGAAGCCAAUAACGGCAUUCGGAACGACCAAGAUUGGACCAACGACGACGGUUCCGGCGACGACCGAGGCUGAGAAACCAUCUGAAGCAGAAGCGGCUGUGGUAGUUCCAGAUGAUAUUACCAACUUCUACGACAAAAUGGACAAUGAGGAGGAAGAAGAGGAAGCGAACCUCAACACAGUUUCGUUCGAAGUCAACCAAGAGAAGAUUGAAGUUCUUCAGAAGCGUUGUAUUGAGAUUGAAUUCCCUUUGCUGGCAGAGUACGACUUCCGGAAUGACACAGUAAACGCGGACAUCAAUAUCGAUUUGAAGCCGGCUGCUGUAUUGCGUCCAUAUCAGGAAAAAAGUUUGAGGAAGAUGUUUGGAAACGGUAGAGCUCGUUCCGGAGUCAUUGUUCUGCCUUGUGGUGCUGGUAAAUCUUUGGUCGGCGUUACGGCUUGCUGUACAGUUCGAAAGCGUGCGCUAAUUCUUUGCAACAGCGGUGUUUCGGUUGAACAAUGGAAGCAACAGUUCAAGAUGUGGUCCACUGCAGACGACAGCAUGAUCUGUCGAUUCACUUCGGAAGCGAAAGAUAAACCCAUGGGUUGCGGAGUUCUGGUCACGACCUAUUCCAUGAUCACGCACACUCAGAAGCGUUCUUGGGAGGCGGAACAAACCAUGCGCUGGUUACAAGAACAGGAAUGGGGCAUCAUGGUUCUGGAUGAAGUACACACCAUUCCAGCGAAAAUGUUCCGUCGUGUCCUAACCAUUGUCCAGUCUCAUUGUAAGCUUGGUCUAACGGCCACACUGCUUCGAGAGGACGACAAAAUUGCCGAUCUGAACUUCCUAAUCGGGCCCAAACUGUACGAAGCUAACUGGUUGGAACUCCAGAAACGAGGCUACAUAGCCCGGGUGCAGUGCGCCGAAGUUUGGUGCCCCAUGGCUCCGGAGUUCUACCGGGAGUACCUCGUCACUAAAACAUCCAAAAAGAUGCUUCUGUACGUCAUGAACCCGGCCAAGUUCCGUGCCUGCCAGUAUCUCAUUCGUUACCAUGAAAAACGUGGCGAUAAAACUAUCGUCUUCAGCGACAACGUCUUUGCCCUCAAGCACUACGCUAUCAAAAUGAACAAGCCUUACAUCUACGGUCCAACUUCACAGAGCGAACGAAUCCAAAUCCUGCAGAACUUCAAGUUCAACCCGAAAGUCAACACCAUCUUUGUCAGUAAAGUCGCCGAUACCAGUUUUGAUUUGCCGGAAGCGAACGUCCUUGUUCAAAUUUCGUCCCAUGGUGGCUCUCGUCGUCAGGAAGCACAGCGUCUUGGUCGUAUCCUGCGUGCCAAGAAGGGUGCCAUCGCGGAGGAGUACAAUGCCUUCUUCUACACCCUGGUUUCGCAGGACACACUAGAAAUGGGCUACUCCCGGAAGCGACAGCGUUUCCUGGUGAAUCAGGGCUACAGCUACAAGGUGAUUACCCACCUGGCCGGGAUGGACGAAGAUCCGGAACUGUACUACAAAACGCGGGACGAACAGGGACAGCUGCUGCAGCAGGUUCUUUCCGCGUCUGAUAUGGACUGUGAGGACGAGAGAAUUCCCGGCGAAGGGACGGGAGCACCACGGCCGGGAGGCUCGAGGCGGACCGGUGGGCUUAGCUCGAUGUCCGGUGCGGACGAUGCGGUUUAUUGGGAGUAUAGGAAGAAGAAGGAACAUUUGCAUCCGUUGUUUAAGAAGUUUAGAGGUUAGGUUACGGUGAUUCGUUGGUCAUAGAUAAUACAUUCAUG